CCUGCGGUGUCCAGAUCCUUCUUAUCAGUGGAGUCACCCGCCAUCUGGAAAGAGGGAGAAAGCAAGGCUAUAUGGCCAGCGGAGGGGGGGCUGAAGCACACUUGAACAGUCCACUAUGGAAGGGCAGCAGGAUGAGGGGAGAUCGUGGACAUGAGAGCGAGAGGAGCACGCCAAUGGAGGCGGGGGUUCGACUCGGGAUGCGGAGUGAGGAGGAAAGACUCCAGACUUUCCAAAACUGGCCCAGAGACGCGCCCGUGAGCCCUGCGGAACUGGCCCGGGCUGGAUUUCACUAUCUGGGGUACGGUGACACGGUGCAGUGCUUCUGCUGCUUUGGGAUCCUGAGGCACUGGGUUCAUGGAGAUACUCCGCGGGGGGAGCAUGAGAGGCACUUCCCCACGUGCGGCUUAAUGAUGGGCAGGGAUGUGGGCAAUGUCCCGCUGGGUUCGUCUGACUCUGUGGACGGGCAGCUCUUGAGUCAACUGCAGCGGCUGACCGUGGACGAGCAGGUGUUGUCCGGGCAGGCGGUGUAUCCGGAGAUGGAGUCGGAGGACAACAGGCUGUCCACCUACCACAACUGGCCCACGGGAGCAUCAGUGCAGGCCGAGGCACUGGCGCGAGCUGGCUUCUUCUACACGGGUCAUGGUGACAAUGUAAAGUGUUUCUUCUGCGACGGUGGUCUGAGGAACUGGGAACCAGGAGAUGACCCCUGGCAGGAACACGCCAAAUGGUUUCCACAAUGUGAAUAUUUGCUUCAAUCCAGAGGACGAGAAUAUGUGAGCAAUAUCCAGCGGUCUUACUUCAACAUGAAUGAGAGCGUGGGUGGAUCUCCGUCAUCAACUGCAGGAAACAUUACAUCAGAGGUGCUAGGUGGGCAGAACUCAGUGGCGGCAGCCAUGUUGUCCCCUGUGGUGCAGGCGGUGCUGCAGAUGGGUUUCCAGCACUCGCUAGUGGAGAGCCUGGUGCAGUCACGCUACCUGCUCACGGGCUCACACUACACCUCAGUCUCUGACCUGGUGACCGACGUCCUGCAGGCCGAAGAGGAGGAGAGGCAGACGGGGGAGCCCAGACCAGAGACUGUGGAGAGGCAGAGAACGCCGAGAACGCAGGUCUCAGACAGGGAGAAAGUGCGAUCAAACCUGACUCCAGAGGAACAGCUGCGACAGCUUCAGGAAGAGAGGACCUGUAAGGUCUGUAUGGACAAACUUGUCUCCAUGGUCUUCAUCCCCUGUGGCCAUCUGGUCGUCUGCACCGACUGCGCAGCCAGUCUGCGCCACUGCCCCAUAUGCAGGGCAGUCAUCCGGGGGAGUGUGCGAGCAUUCAUGUCCUAAAGCACACACACAUACACAUACAUACACAACAACAUACUGUUGCAAAACUGUGUAAUUAGUAGGAUUUAUACUGUAGUAGGAAUAUAUAGUGAAAAAAAAUACUCAACAAAUGUUAUAAAUAGCUUCCAAAUCAGCAAAAGUGACCAUAUUGCUUGAUACUUGGCUAUACAUUAAAGCUACAGGAGUCUAAAAGUCCACUUCGCAUUCACACAUUCAAAGUCUAAUUAUACACACACAUAUAUAUAUAUAUAUAUAUAUAUAUAUACAUUUAUCUUAUAGCUAUAUAAGAUUAUUUAUAUCAUUAUUUAUAUAUUUAUAUACUAUUUUAGGGAGAUGUUGCCACUAAAAUUUCACAAUGUCAUUAUACAAAAAUGUUCAUUAGUCACCUAAAAAAAGUACAGGAUAUUAAUGACGUUAUGUACAAAAAAAUCAUAAAAACUGUUAAUUGUUAAUUCCUGGAGAUUUUAAAUCUCAGAUUUAUUUAUGUGGACUUUUGGACCUCACUGUACUUUAAAUGUUUUGCAUGCUUGUAAGUUUUGGACAAAACCAAAUAUGAUUUUGUGAAUUUUAAAUCAUAUGCAAUGAUUUAAAACAUAUAAAAUGAAUUUCAGAUGCAAUUUACAAGAGGUCAUAUUGUAUAAUAAUAUUUUAUUACUGUAUUAACACAUUGCACUUCUAUUUUCAUUAAUA